AUGGCUGACCCUGCCUCCAGGAAAUCAGCAACGCUCAACCGGUUGCGAUCGCAACUGCGACGAAAACGGGAAUCUUUGGCCGAGCAAUUUGACUUCAAAAUGUACUUUGCAGUGGUUUUUAAAGAUAAGGUAAGCAAAUUAUUUAGUGGCAGAUAUAGUAAUAAAUAAGUGGAUUUUAUCAACAAUUCACGCAAUUUCAACUUCGUAAAAAAGGUUUCUAUUACACUCUUCAUAUACAUUAAGUUAUUCGUACUGUUUUGUGGUUUAAUAGUUAUCUUCUAUUGAGAUUGCAAGUUCGAAUGUUGUUGGUUAUCACAAAGUUUGAAAAUUAGUCUGUAAUAAUGUUAAAUAAAAUUUGAUCUAACGAAAACAUUGGAGCACAAAACACUAAUCAAAAUGAAUAGUGUAAUUUUUUUAUGAUUUAUGAAACGAUCAUACUAGAAUUGUUAUUGCUAUAGUAUACAGAUGUGAGUAUUUUGAUUACAAAUGUGAUAAGUCUACAUUCAGUAUGAGUGAUUCUCACUUUAAAUUGACAUAAAACAGUGAACCUCAGAAUAAAUAAAUGAAUAAAAAGUCAGGAUUUAAUAGGGCUCAAAUGUAUAUCCUUUCUACUCCCAUUGAUUGCUCCUCAGAGCCAGGAGUCAAGAACUCUCACCCUUCACUACUCAAAACAAUACCUGCCCACUUAAAGUAAUAUUUCUCUUGAGGUCAUUCUCCUCAAAAUUGUACCUUUAAUAACUGGAAGGGGUAUAUCAGCACAUAUUGCUGUAUUCCCUUCAGAACUGUUGAUCACCUCAUGGUUUUUAUCUAAACAUUGAUGUAGUGGAACAUUUUCUGCAUAGUUAGAAUGAUAAAGCAAUAAUUAUCUUUACAGCUGUAAGUAAAACAUGCCUUUUGUUUUUCUUCCCAUCUUCCAAAACCUCAACUCCCCCAAAACCAAAGAGUUUAUGGACAAUUCAAUACACAAGGAGUCAACUUUAAAUUGCUAGGAUUUUGUUUUCACAUUGUUUGAUUGCUCUUAACUUCCUAGAGUUUUUACCAACUUACUAGCAACAGUAGUUGGACUCUUUACCAUCCUGGGUCCAGUUGUGUAAACAGCGGACAAUUCUAUCCCACGGAUAAAUCGCUAUCCAGUGGAUAAGUGAUAGCAAAAUGUAUAGCAUUAUCAACUCGAUAGAGAUUUAUCCAGUGGAUAGCAUUAUAUGAUCUUCAAACAACCGGGGCCAGUAGUUUUGAGAAUUGCUGUUGAUGCAAGUACCUACCCACUGAAAGAAAUGCACAUGUGAAAGCACUAGUCCUCUUAAAAGUAGUCAAUGUUAUUUGUUACAGAAGAAGAAGUCUGCAUUGUUUGAAGUGGCAGAGGUGAUCCCAGUGAUGACAAAUAACUAUGAAGACAGCAUCUUAAAAGGUGUCAAGGUGAAAAUAAAUGUUUGUUUAUGCUGGUGCUGAUAAGGGAUAGGAAAUGAGUACAACAGUUGAAUUUGCCAUUUGCCCUGGUUUCUAAGAGUGACAGUUUAGUUAAGUUCUCACACAUAAAUUGUACAUAUAUAUAGUUAUUAUAGUCUGACAAAUCAGUCAUUAGAGUGGUCUUUUGUUCUCUGGAAGCUGCGUCGUAGUGCAUUUAACCCUUCCACUACCAAGAUCAUAUGAGUAAUUCUCCUAACUGUUUGCUUACAAUUCUUAUGAUGUUAGUUAAACUAAUGAUCUCCUAAAUUAAAUUUUUCUUUAUUCUCAUUUAUUGAUUUUACGUUGUUAAUUCUAAUUCGUAAUUAAUUCUAUCUUAGUCACUCAUCAUAGUUAAAGGGUCAACUUAAAUUACACAGCAGCCCCUAUCUGGUUUAAGAGUGAAGAGCUAGUAACUUCCAUAGGAGAUAGAGAAAAUACCAGCUUGAAGCUUCCUAUUUAAAUGCAAAGAUAAUUGUAAGAGUUUUACAAGUAGAUAAUAUAUUUUCUUUUGAAGGAAGAGGUGUAUUCCCUUGAGAGCUCACAACAGCUGUUGGAGAAAGACAUUGUUCAACUUCAUGCUCCAAGAUAUCAGUGUUUAAGAAAAGUAUGAAACUCUAAGUUAGACUGUGUGUUAGCUAGGCCUUGUUAAUUAAUUUUAAUAGGUGCAUUCUAUCCAACUUCCUAAAUUCAUUUGUGGGAUACACAUUUGUCCCAACGGAAACUUAAAUUGUCCUUAAAAAUGAAGCUUUGCACAGAUUGGAUUUUUUAUAGAAUUAUGGAAUAAACAAAAAGCUUGUAACCCUUUGUACCAUACUUGUCAAAGGUGGGUAACAUUUAUCUUUUGAUCAUUUCCUAGGAUGUCAUUGGAUGUGUGCAGGAAAUUGAUUUCUUUUUGUGGCCUCGCAAUGACAUUGACAAGAUAGUAUGUCUGCUGUUUUCACGAUGGAAAGGGGAGGAAAAUUCUGAAUAUAGACUCAUUCAGGUGAAGUUUUGUAAUAUUAUCCAAAAUGUAAGGAUAGGGUGGGAGUACAAAUGUAAGUGAAGACCCCCCCUGAAUAUUACUGUUUCUAAUGUAGAUUUAUUUGUAAUUUGCAACAUUUUUUACUCCCCUCAUGCACAACUGAAUUGAUGUUAGAUUUGUUUGGCUGUUAUCUCUAGGGCAAGUUUGAAUUUGAAAACCAUGACUACGAGAAACAGUUGCUACGACUUUUGACCAGAAAGGAGCACACUGGUUUGAUCCUUAGCAAUCCAUCGCAAUCAUUGUUUCUUUUUGUUGACAAACAUCAUUGGCAGGUAUAGGUUAUUACAGUAUGUUCCAUGGAAGUAGUGUACUUUUGUCAGUAUUGCUAGAGUAGAUGUAGUCUCAUAAAAAAAUUGGUUUUUGCAUUUUCACUUAAAAUAUGGACAAUGAAUUUAUUACAAGCAAAGCUUGAAGAAAAUUGUAAGCUUUUUGAUGCAGAUAUCUGAUUUGUCUUUGAACAAAUAUAUAUUACCAUAUUUUAGCCAAAAGAAGAUCUUAUGUCAACUUCCCUUAAACAUUUUUGCAGCCAGCAACAUAAAAAGCUUCCAAACAGCUCUCUCUGAAAAAAAAAAAAGUUAUUGUGCAAGACUUGUUAUUUUUCUCAGCUCCAAGUGUUAUCAACAAAAAGAUUUAGUCUCUCAUUUAGUACUGCUUACUACAAAAAAUUUUCUAACACAAAAAGACUUUCAUGAAUCGCAUGCAAGAUUUGCAUCAGGAAACAUCACUUUGGAAUAUUCUAACUUGAUAAUUCUUCAGUUUUUGCUUGAUAUAUUUGGUUACAUGAAGGACCAAAACCAAGUGUGAGUGUGGGUGAAAAUUAUUGACUCAUUACAAUGUGUUUUACUCCUGUAAUUAUUAAAUAUUUUCUGUGUACCAGGGGUAUUUUCUAUUUUUUAUUUUAAUAGACUGAAAAGAGUAAAGUUGGAGUAUUCAAGAUGUCAAGUUUUUGUCUUCAUAUUCCACAAGUAAAGAUAUAUAAAAUUUUGACUUGAAACACCUUUUUCUAAGAGAGUAGGAAGAGUUUUUAAGCAUUUUUUUAAUUUGAACAUUCAUUCUUGACAAGCUGAAUUGGACAUUAGGAAUUUUUCAUGUGUGCUUGAAAAAAUCAACAGUGACAAAACUUUGUUUUCUCUGAAGAUACAUAGUGAAAGAGUGUGCCAUUGUAAUAGGAAAAUUAAAGAUGACAUUUUCACAAUUGACCAAGUGUGGGAUCAAAAUGCCAGAAUACUGGCCAAGAACAGGGCCAAAGAAACUAAGGAAGUCACCCUAAGUAGGAAAAGUGGGCAAUAUGGGUUUGUUGGUCAGUUGAUAUCAGCCUGGAUAGAAUUGUACUAAUUUUUGCUGCAUGCAGAGUCAGCCCAAAAGAAAUACAUUUCUGAGGCAUAAACUCCAUGCCUCUGUUUAAGGGUUUUAGGGGUGCAAAUGUUGAGUUCAUUUCUUAUUUAUUUACUUCUUGUGUGCUUGUCUUCUAGGAUCAAUUGACCCACUGGGGAAGUGAACUCAGAGAUGAUGUCUUGGCACCUUUUAAGCCUGAUUAA